UGAUCGAUUUAUCAUAAUCAAGCACUCUACUGUAUACUUCCUUUUCCGGUUUGCGACCAAAUACUAUCGCAGCCAUGGGCAAAUUUAUGAAACCAGGGAAGGUUGUCCUGGUACUUGGAGGCAGAUUUGCUGGCAGAAAGGCUGUUAUUGUAAAGAAUUACGAUGAUGGAACCUCAGAGAAACCAUAUGGCCAUGCUUUGGUCGCUGGUAUUGAACGAUACCCAAGACGAGUAAUCCGAGGGAUGGGUAAAAAGAAGAUGAAGCAGAGGUCAAAGGUUAAGCCAUUUGUCAGAGUUUACAACUUUAACCAUCUUAUGCCAACAAGAUAUUCAGUUGAUGUUGGAUUUGACAAGGCAGCAGUCAACAAAGAGGCUUUCAAGGACCCAGCUAAGAAGCGUAAAGCAAAACGUGAUGUAAAAGCAAAAUUUGAAGAAAGGUAUAAGAGUGGCAAAAACAGAUGGUUUUUCCAGAAAUUACGCUUUUAAAUGUACAAAGAAAAAAAUAAAAAUAAAUGCCUCUAAGAA